CUUGUUUGUAUUUAAGUCUUAAUAAAAAAAAAUUAGAAAAAAAAAAAAUUGAUGAUAAAAAACUAGAUUAAAUACUACAACCUACUACAACCCACAUUCACACGCAUCUGUAGAUCCAUUACGUUUAAAUAAAUAUACGGCGUUAUCUAUUUUUCGUUUCUCCCUCUCAACUGCCUGCAUUGCAAACCCAUACUCCGACAAUUCCUUAAAGGAGGCCAUUUCGUUCAUUCCUUGCGGCUUUCAUGGUUAAAGAUGCCUGUAUUUGAAUUUGACGAGCAAGACGGAUUUGGAGAUAGCCAUAGAGCUGCUUGGGAGAGCGAUGAUGAAUUGGCGGAAGAUGCUUUAGAACUUGGUACUCAUUGUGAUACCUGUAACAAGAACGGAAAGAAAUCCGAAGCCGAAGAUGUUCAUGAUGACUCAACCGACGGGGAGACUGUUGAAUAUAAGCUUGCGGAAAAUGGAGAUAUUGUAUUGGAAGAAGGAGAGGAAGACAUUCGUGUUCCUAGAAGAAAGAUGAAACCAAACGACUUUCAGCCGAUUACAACACUUGGACGUGGUUCUUAUGGAAAGGUACUGUUGGUGAAACAAAAGUCGUCUGGAAAACUGUUUGCUCAGAAACAAUUAAAGAAAGCAAGUAUAUUUUUGCGUUCUAAAGGCAUAGAACAAACUCGCAAUGAGCGUCAAAUUCUUGAAGAAGUGAAACACCCCUUCAUUUGUCGUCUUUUCUACGCCUUUCAAGAUCAUGAUCGUCUUUAUUUGAUUCUUCAAUACGCUCCUGGCGGAGAGCUGUUUUCUCACCUUGCCAAUGAAAGAAUGCUGCCAGAGAAUGUCGUUGCCUUUUACAGCGGUGAGCUCAUCCUGGCACUUAUUCACUUGCACAAGUUAGGUAUUGUUUAUCGCGACUUGAAGCCCGAAAACUGUCUACUUGAUGCUGAAGGCCAUGUGCUGUUGACGGAUUUUGGUUUGUCCAAGGUCGCUGAACCCGGCGCUGAUUGCCGCUCAUUUGUUGGCACGAAAGAGUAUUGUGCACCUGAAGUUCUUCUGGAAAAGCCGUAUGACCAUGCUGUCGAUUGGUGGUCCAUGGGAAUUUUAAUUUACGACCUACUUGUUGGUAGCCCCCCUUUCGUGGGCAACAGCUACAAACGUAUUGUCGAAAAAAUUACUCGUUCUCGUCCCAACAUUCCGUUUUAUGUUUCACCGGACGCCCGCGACUUAAUUACUAAGCUCUUAAAAAAGAAUCCCAAGCAGCGCUUGGGAGCUAAUGGGCGGUACGAAGCCAUCUUCAAACACCGGAUGUAUCGUAAGAUAGACUGGAAGAAGCUAGAAAGACGUGAACUUACGCCGCCCAUUGUUCCUUGCAUCACAAACCUUGAAGCUGCUGAGAAUUUCUCAGAGGAAUUUACAAAGAUGCCGGUCACGGCCACGCCCAUUGAUCACCAAACGCCUUUUACGAGAGAUGGCCUAACGGUUACGCCAAAUUUCAAGGGUUUCACGUAUGUUGCGUCGCCCACAUUUCUACAAAGCGACAUCAUGAGUGGCUCACCCUUGAGUCGACUCUGAUUUACUUUAAAAAACAAAACAAAACAAAUAAGGUUUAAUGUUCUGGGAACGGUAGUUAUAAUGGUUUAUAUUUUUCUCUUAAUAUUCUCACUCAUUACUGGUUGUCAAAAUGUCUUAAUCACAGGCCUGCAGGUGCACUUUUAUCUCCAUCUGGAAAAUCAAAAGGAAUUAAGCCGACCUCAUCCAGCUUCAUGCUUUGUUUGCUACAUUGCUAUAACGUGAGCGGGAUUGAAAAAGGGAAAAGGGCGGGAAAAGCUGAAACACAAAACUGAAAUUAAAAAACCCCAGCAAGGUUCGUUUAACCAACAUUAGGAGCAACGUGGUAAAAACAUGCAAUUAGAUCUCCAUACGCACGCGCAUUAGAUACGAAGAACUUUCUUGUUGACACGAUUAACUCGCCGAUAGGAAAAUCAUGUUUGAACUCUAAUCCAGCAAAUAAAGCAAGAUGUUCUUCGUAAAAAGAAUGAUGAAAGAUGGAUUAGUUGUUGGAGGUAAAAGUACAUAUCGCAUUGAAUAGCUUAAAAUGUAAGGAGCGUGGUAUGUAAGAUUAUGCAAGGUCGUGUUUUGUGGAUUCGAAAACUUGAGGGGGAAAAAGACGAAAAAGAGAGUGUAUGUGUGU